UGAGUUUACGUCGGUGAGUGUGCACAGCAUUCAGUCUAUUUGUUAAAAGUUUUUGAUUAGUGCGUCUGCUUAAAAUUUCCGGCAGAAUUCGCAUAAGUAUUUGUGUUUCUGAAUCAAAUAGAAGAUAUGGAGGGGCUUUUAGGACGCAGCCAAUUUCUAGGCGAAGCAGUAAACCUUUUCACAGAUGAAAAAACUGCGAAUGCACGCAGCAAGGUAAUCGAAUGGCUAAAUGAGGUGCCCACCGCUGAAUCUAUGACCAAAUGCGAUUUGUUGGUUAAGGUGCAGGAAACUAUUCUGGGCUCAUGUGUGGAGCUGUUGGAAGAAUUUUCGGAACAUAUACUCUCGCUAGCGCAUGAUGCAAAUGCAGAUGUCCGAAAGCAAGUCGUGUGCUUCAUUGAGCAAAUAUGUAAAGUCAAGGUGGAGUUGUUACCACAAGUGAUAAGCGUUAUUUCAAUGCUUCUACGCGACCGGUCGCCUCAAGUGAUUAAGCGCGUCAUACAAGCAUGCGGCAGCAUAUAUAAAAAUGGCCUACAGUGGAUUUGUGCCACAGGAGAAAUAUCGGACAGCGCUGAACAAGCUUGGAGUGUACUAAGUUUGGUAAAGGCUCAAAUCUUGGAUCUAAUUGACAACGAGAACGAUGGCAUUCGUACCAAUGCCAUUAAAUUUCUGGAAGGCGUUGUAGUGCUGCAAAGCUAUCCAGAUGAAGACAGUCAAAAGAAAGAUAAUGAUUUUUCGCUCGAAGAUGUACCUAUAAAUUUUAGAUUAGUGAAACGGCAGAAGUUGGAGGAGGAAGCGCUUAAUAUUUUCGAUAUUUUGUUGAAAUUUCACGCGGCUACACACAUUUCUUCUGUGAAUCUUAUCACUUGCACUGGCAGUCUUUGUACAAUAGCAAAAUUGCGUCCAAGUCUUAUGGGCCCUGUUGUGGAUGCCUUUAAGCAACUCAAUUCAAAUCUACCCCCUACGCUCACAGAUUCGCAGGCUAGUUCCGUACGUAAAAGUUUGAAAAUGCAAUUAAUGGCGUUGCUUAAAAAUCGUGGAUCAUACGAAUAUCAGGCAUCGAUACGUCACAUGUUGUUAGAUUUGGGUGCAUCACAGGGUGAAAUACAGCGCGCGGUACCGAAGAUGGAUAAGCAGGAGCAAACGCGACGACAAAAACGCAUAUUAGAGGGCGCCACAAGUAGUCUUAAUAAGAAAAUGCGUCUUGAUUCCAUAAAUAGGCAACAGGAGCGCAGAGCUAAAUCAGGUGUAGACGAUGAAAUUGCAAAAGAGAUUGAGAUGGAAGUUGACGAAGAAGAGUUAGAGAAACAGCGUCAGCGCUGCCUGCGUGUAAAUGAAAAGUUCUUGGCUGAACAAUUGCGAGCUACUGAUGUGGUAGUCAAUUUAGUAGUUGAGUUUUUACCAAAGUUGCCCGACGAAGUGCCAGAUCAUUUCUUAAAUGAAUAUGCACCCAUUCGCGAUAUGUCCAUACAGCAGCAAGUAACAAAGAUAGCAAAAUUUCUCGGCGAGCAGAUGACAACGCAAAAAGUUGGGCCAGGUGCCGCAGCCUUUAGCAAGGAGAUUCCACUGCGACCACGACGGAUGGAAACCAUGGACACCAAAGAAAGUGAACAACCAAUUGACGAAGAUCAAAUGAGAAAAGACGAAGCAACGAAGAAAUUGCGUGAAAACAUGGAGCGUGUGAAAGGAGAACAAGAGCUGAUAGAGCGUAUGAAGUUGCGCGCCAAGACACUCAAGUUACAAGAGGUAACCAAACAAUUUUCACGUCCAGUUAAAGAGAAGUUUCUUUUGGAGGCUGUAAAGCACGUUUUACAAUCGGAACGGCAGUGCAUUGUGGGCGGAGUGUCUGCAAAGCGCCGUAAAAUACUAACUGUUAUGGCUGCAACAUUUCCUGACAAAGUGCGCUACUUCAUUUUCGAUUUUAUUAUGCUCGAUGUGAGACAGCGCAUUGAUUUGGCCUUUUCGUGGUUAUAUGAAGAGUAUUGUCUACUGCAGGGUUUCACACGACACUCCUACGUAAAGUCGGAAAAUCGACCCGACUAUGCUUACAACGAGCUCUUGAGCCAACUGAUUAGAGGAGUGCGCGAAACAUGCGAAUUGAAGGAUAAAAUUAUAUUAAUGCGCCGUAUCUUUCUGGAAGCACCAUUGCUGCCGGACGAUGCGCUUAAUCAGCUUGUGGAAAUGUGCUUCUCCGAGGAGUUUGUUAAUCCUGGAAUGGAUUUGUUAAAAGAUUUGGCUGUUAUGCGGCCACCGCGAAAGAAUAAACUGAUAAGAGUGCUUCUAAUGUUUUCCGUACAUGAACGUACCGAUUUGCGAGAGCGAGCACUGGAUCAUAUCGUUACUCUGUAUCACAUACACAAAGUGUUGCCGAAUCGAAUUGAAGAAUUCGCUUUGGAAUGGGCCUCGCAUCUGGAGAAAGAAGUGCCACCUCCCGGCAUUUUCACAGAAGAGUAUGGGCGACCAGAGACCGAAGCGGGCUGGAAAGAGGAGACGGUCAAGACGUGCAUGACACCGAUGCUGACACUAUUACCUUAUAAGCCAAAAACUUUCCUUGAUAAACUUUGCAAUAUUUACACUCACACUGGAGCCGACUUGAAACGAACUAUACUACGCUCCAUCGAUCCAACAAUAAAGAAAAUGGGCGCCGAAGAUCCCACAUUGCUUAAAUUUAUAGAAGACUGCCCCAAAGGCACCGAAACGCUCGUCAUACGCAUUAUUCAUCUGCUUACCGAGCGUGUGGCCACCCCCAAUCCAGAAUUGGUACAACGUGUACGUGAGCUCUAUGCGAAUAAAAUCAGAGACGUUCGUGUGUUAAUACCUGUACUCAGCGGUCUCUCGCGCCAGGAAGUUUUGAAUUCUCUACCAAAGCUGCUGAAACUAAAUCAAAUCGUCGUUAAGGAGGUGUUCAAUCGCUUGCUUGGCAUUGGCGCUGAAUUCGCUAAUCAAACGAUGGCUGCCACACCUACUGAUAUACUCGUCGCUUUACAUACCAUGGAUACGAAUGUUUGCGAUUUAAAAGCUGUAGUUAAAGCUACUUCAAUAUGUUUGGCUGAGAAAGACGUUUUCACACAAGAAGUGCUAAUUGGUGUAUUGCAGCAGCUGGUCGAAGUAGUACCCAUACCUACACUACUCAUGCGUACCAUAAUCCAAAGUAUAACACUUUAUCCACGCUUAACGAAUUUCGUACUAAAUCUGCUGCAGCGCCUCAUAUUGAAGCAAGUAUGGCGGCAAAAAGUGAUUUGGGAAGGUUUUCUCAAAUGCUGUCAACGCUUAAAGCCGCAGUCACUGCCUGUAUUGUUGCAUUUACCAAAUCAGCAACUUGUAGGUGCUUUGGAGCAGUGCCCCGAUUUAAGGCAACCAUUGUUUGAAUAUGCGCAGAGUAUUCAGGAAGAACCAAUGAGCGGCAUAACACCUCAAUUGCUGGAUAUAAUUUCUGGCAAGACAGUCGACGUAUUUAUAACGGAUGAGAGUGGCGGUUACAUUAGCGUAGAUCAAAUUAAAAAGGAAAUUGAAGACCCAUCAGAAAUUGGUGUUAUUGCAACGAUACCUAUUGCACCGGUUCCAGCGCCAGUUCCAGCUCCUAUCCCUACACUUGGCGGCAUUGGUACACCUAUUCUCUCCACUACUGCACAACCGCUGCCACCAGGCGAAGAUUAGACACCAUAAUAUGCAUAAAUACACAUAUAUUUAUAUUAUUGCGUUUUUUUUUUAAUUAGAAGUUUCUAAACGUCUUAUAUAAAUAUUUAGAACCGCUUAUAACUUGUUUCAACUGUAACAAUUCUUAACUCCUUAAUAAAAGUGUUUGGUCUUUCACAUUGACACCUCG